UUUGAUAAUUUUGGAAGUAGUUUUCGGAAGGACCUCGUCGAACGAGUAACCUCGCGACCAAGUAAACAAAUAGAUUUUGAGUAACAGGAAAAAAAUUGUCUCGCCAAGUAACUGACGCGUAGACGCAUGGCCCCGCAGUCAUCGAAGAGGGAAAACAAAAGAUUGGUGACCAAUCGCUUGAGAUAAGCCUCCAAUCUUUGUCACGAAGGAAUAAAAAAACCUGUUCGUCACGAUCUACGUGUGAUAAUCUUCGAUAUAUCUCGUGUUCCCCUUCUGCACAGAUUAAAACGAGUUAUUUAUUUCAAUGUUUGCGAUUUUUUUCUUAGUCCGGAUUCGCUUGCGAGUGUAUAAAUAUAUUUGGAGAAUCUUUGUCUCUCCUUUUCAUUCCGUAACGAAUAAAAACCGCAGUGCCUUUGAAAAAUCUCAAUCGUGAUAUUUGUUCGAUUCUCCGAAAUGGCCAGAGUCUCGGAUCGCGCGAGCUUCCACCAGGAUACCAAUGAAAUAUCCGACGUUUCUGUGGUUUAUCGAAAACCCCUGGCACCUCGUAUCAGACAGGCCAGUGAAGGGGGUAGCGAACAUGCCCCGGGUAAUUCUGAGGACGGAGAUGAAAAAUUUCUGAAUAAUGAGGUGCCGGGAUUUCUCAAGCAGCCCGUAGAAUUCUCGAACGACAAUCAUGACGGGACCCGAGAAAUGGAAACUUGUGAAAAACCGAUGGCACCGAGUUUCGAAUCUGUUGCUGAACGUGGAAGAAAUCAUUCGGCGAAUGGGCUACGAAAUGAUGAAGAAAGUGGGGCUAAUGAUCGAGGCGAUGAGGGGAAAAAACGGGGGAAUAAUAAUGGAGACCUUGAGGAAUGUGAAUCGCAAAACGAUCGAGCGAAGUACUACUACUCGGAAAAGAAACACUUUCAUGGUUUCGUUUCAAACUCGGAAUUUCCAAAUCUGUGGCGAAAACCAGAAAACAUCAAUGUUUACGCGACGAAAAAGACGAUCGCACAGGGAAUGCUCGAUGUCGCGUUGCUCGCUGCGAACGCGACGCAGCUGAAAAACUUGCUCGUGGUCGGAGAAGCGUACCAAUUUUACAUCUUCACUCUAACUCUGGUCUGCUUGUCGAUAGCCUUGCAGGUACUGGUCGGUAUUUUGUUCAUAAUCCUGGGUAGUUUGGACAUCAAUCGUCGUCGCGAUCAACGAGCAGCCAUCAUUAUGAACGAUAUUAUAUUAAUAGCCAUUUUCUUAAUUAGUCUAAUUAACAUUAUCAUCGCGGGAUUCAACAUUGAUUUUAGUUACAAACCUACCGAAUUCCCGGAACCUGCAAAAAAUGUUUGAUGAUCAAAACAUUUUCUUGAUUCACACCCAAAGAGUAUUUUUGUCAAUAUUUAUUGAGUGAAAAAAAGUCGAAUUUCAACGUCACGUCCGACUCGACAAUCUCUUCUCUGUUCUAGUCAUUUCCGGUUUGUUCGGCUAUAUCAAAAACUGUGCGCCAAUGGGGCUGAAGUCGUUUAUCGUAAGAUUUCGAUUCCUAUAGCUCACUUACGCGGUUUCACGUUUUAUUUAUUAGCGCACUUGUCUUGAUGGACAUUUUUCUGUUAUUUAUUUUUAAUCAAUCGUUUUCAUAUUUGCCCAUCGUUUCUCUUCGAUUCAGUAUUUAUUUUUUAAUCAGAUUUUUCUAUUAUUUCUUUUGAACAAAUCGUUUUGUGUUAUUCACUCAUUUAUUUUAAGAUCAUACAUUUUUUGGUUACUUUUGUUUGCAUGUGUGUCAUUUUGGUAUGAUUUAAAGAUCGUCCAGGGUAUGAUCCUAAUCGUUCUGGGUUCGGUAUUCAAUCUGAACAGGCUGGCGGACCAGUCGAGGGCCCGAUUAUGGAACGACAUAAGCCUCGCAAUAAUGUUACUAACCG